AGACCCGGUCUAUCCAUUAAUUACCCUCUUUUUUUUUUUUUUGUUUUUCCUUUCUUAACCUCCUUCUCUCUCCCGGUUUCUAUGUGUCUUUAGGUUUUUUAUUUUCUAUUAAUCUCUCAAAGAAACUGUUUGAUGACAUCUGUGAAGAACAAUAACAUGUUGCCUCCAGGUCUGGUUUCCAAUCUACAACAAGUACUUUUAAGCAGAAAAGGUGGUGGAGGAGAAGAAGAAGAGAAAAAAGAAAUUGACCCAUCAAAUGAUGGUAAUGAUAAAUCAGCCGAGCCAUCUACUUCCACUUGUGUUGAAAACACUGAAGAAGACAGCAAUAAUUCAAAGCCUAUUGUUUUGGUUACUAAUGGAGAUGGGAUUGACUCCCCUGGUCUUGUUUCUCUUGUUGAAGCUCUGGUUCGUGAAGGCCUCUAUAAUGUCCAUGUUUGCGCUCCUCAAUCGGACAAAUCAGUAUCCAGUCAUUCUGUGACUUUACAAGAAGCAAUUGCUGUAACUUCCGUUGAAAUUAAUGGUGCCAUAGCUUAUGAAGUGUCAGGGACUCCAGUGGAUUGUGUCUCAUUAGCAUUAUCUGGAGCACUGUUUUCUUGGUCAAAGCCUUUGCUGGUAAUUAGUGGAAUUAAUCGGGGAUCAAACUGUGGCCAUCACAUGAUUUAUUCGGGUGUUGUUGCUGGAGCUAGAGAAGCAUUAUUUUGUGGUGUCCCAUCCCUGUCAAUAUCACUGAAUUGGAAGAAGGAAGAAAGCCAAGAAAGUGAUUUUAAGGAUGCAGUUGCUGUCUGUUUGCCAGUGAUAAAUGCUGCUAUCAGAGAUAUUGAAAAGGGGUUUUUUCCAAAGAGCUGCUCUCUGAAUAUUGAAAUCCCCACAUCUCCAUCUGCAAACAAGCAGGGCUUCAAACUAACUAAGAGAAGUAUGUGGAGAUCCUCACCUAGCUGGCAAGCUGUUUCAGCUAAUCGGCAUCCUUCGGCUGGACAUUUCAUGUCUAAUCAACAAAGUCUUGGCCUCCAGCUUGCACAGCUUAGUAGAGAUGCCUCUGCUGCUGGUGCAGCUCGCCGUUUGACCACACAAAGGAAGAACAUGUUAGAGAUUGAAUCAGUUGGGGCCGGUGGAAAAUCUGAUAGCAAUCGGGUGAAGAAGUAUUUUCGAAUGGAGUUUUUGGACAAGGAGCUGGAGGAUACAGAUGAGGAUCUGGAUUUCAGAGCAGUUGAAAAUGGAUUUGUUGCGAUAACUCCACUAUCACUUUCUCCACGUAUUGAAGAGGACACUCACAUAGCAGCCUCAGAUUGGAUCUCUUCCGCGCUUCAUGGUGACCAAUAAAAGCCGCCUCAAUUAUAUUAUCAAUUAUUUUGUAUACUCUUGCAGGCACGAUUGUGUUAAUUAGUAAUCAGUUGCAUUUGUGUACUUUCUUUUUUCUGCAUUUACCCCUUUUGAUUUUCUUCUUAUAUUUGGUGGGGUUGGGUGGGUUUGCAUUUUGUAGUUUUUAAUACAAAUGUAAUUUAAAAUGGUCAGGUCGUAAUUACAUGACCUUGUCUUUUCAAUCAAUUGUGACUUCCGGAUUUGUCUUCA